AUGGCCGCUGUGCAGAUCAGUGUCUUCCACGACUCGGAUGUGCAGAGUCAGGAUGGUGCCGAGACCCCGCGUGGACAUCGAUACGAAAGCCAUGCAAACCUCUCGAACCUGAAGCUUGUCUUCGCCGAGCCCGAGCGCGGGCUGCCAUCAUUGCGCCGAGGCUGGCGCACACCGGACCCCUCGCCGGAUCGGACGGGACUCCCGAAGUGCGCCCCCUAUGCUGAGUAUCUCGAGGAGACCGAGGAGGCUUUGGAUGUGCAUGGGCGUGGGAGGCCAACGGAUGCGCACGCAGCAGUGCGUUUCCAGACCCCAUCCCCGGCGCCCCAGGCCGUCCCCGACUUCCGCAUGGACUCCUAUGUGAAGCAUGUCGCACAGGCUUUCCGUGCAAGCUGGGCCGAUCAAAGUGAGGACACAGAGGAGACAGAGUCGCCCGUGGAGGUGGAGGCAGAGUCGCCUGCAGAUUCCGAUCAGAAGCCUUUGCUGUAUCCCUUGUGUGCUUCCUUCGGCUCCCGAGGACAUCCCUUCUCGUGCAACGCUGCUUGCAAGUAUGCGACAAAGGGCAAGGGCUGCAAGGACGGCGCCGAUUGUGAUCACUGCCACCUCUGCACAUGGAAGAAGCCAGUCGCCCAGAAUCGCCGCACUCGUCCUGCCGGACGGCCUCGCAAGCCCAGGCAGAACCACGGCGAUGCGUGA